UUCAGCGCCGAAAUCCAGCGAGUGUCCAGCCAUGCCACAACGAAUACUUCCCCUGUCAACUCUGUGAAGCGUAGUGAUACUGGCACAGCGUUAAGCGCCCCAAGGUGAACUAAGCUUAAGGUUACAACACAUUUGUUGUUUUCAUAUUUUUUUAUAUUCCUUGAAUAGAGUGAUUCGUUUUUGGAGCACUUGCCUUUUCUGCAUUGAAUUGUAGCGCAAUCACAACCUUUCACCAUUACUUCCCAAAGCAAAACAGACUUUUUAGCGCUUGCUUCUCGGACUCUCCAGAGGAAGCGUGUUGUUGCUGCUGUGGUUGGCAUCGUCAUGGUGUUAGCGCUUAUCAUAGCGAUACCGCUGCUGGUCCAAGCAUCCAAGACGGACGCACACUACGAGAUGAUGGGCACCUGUAGGAUGAUAUGUGAUCCAUACAACCCCAAACCCAGCGCCAAUGCUCUGGAAGUCAUGCAGGACCUGAGUGCCAUCCCAUCCCCGGCGUUCUCGCAUGGGACUAAAGGCGAUCCGGGUCGGCCGGGGAAACCAGGACCGAGAGGUCCGCCAGGCGAACCAGGUCCACCCGGUCCAAGAGGACCGCCGGGGGACAGGGGGAACUCGGGGAAACCGGGUUAUCCCGGCCUUACCACGGGGGAGACGGCUAAAGGGACCGUGAGUAGCGCUAGGACCGAUAAUGGCGAGGACCGAGACUCCGCAAUUGGCGGCACAAAAAUCGCAUUUUACGUGGGUCUGAAAAACCCCCACGAGGGAUACGAGGUGCUAAGGUUCGACGACGUGGUGACAAACCUGGGGAACCAUUACGACCCGUCUACCGGCAAGUUCACGUGUGAAGUGUCCGGGAUCUACUACUUUACAUACCAUGUGUUAAUGCGUGGAGGCGACGGGACCAGCAUGUGGGCAGAUUUGUGCAAAAACGGACAGGUCCGCGCCAGUGCGAUAGCCCAAGACGCAGACCAGAACUAUGACUACGCCAGCAACAGUGUAGUGCUUCAUCUAGACUCCGGGGACGAGAUCUACAUCAAGCUGGACGGAGGCAAGGCGCAUGGGGGAAACAACAACAAGUACAGCACGUUUUCCGGUUUCAUUUUGUAUCCGGACUAAACCUAGACAUGCAGGGAUGUGAACUCUACUAUCAUUAUUAGACUCUAUCAUACCUAGAGCAAGUUGCCCGUUGUCCGGGCGCCCCUGUAAGCGGUUGUGCGUCAUUUGUUUGUAUAUUUGUGGGGUUUGGGGAGCCAAGACAUGCCAUCCGCCCGUAUACAGAAGACAUUUCCGUGUGAUGUGGUAUAUUUUGCUUGAAAAUCUGUCUGUUUCCACUCAAGAUAUAUAGCCUAUUAAAAUAUAUAUGUAUCAAAAAUAAGCAACAAAGAUGAAAGUAAGGAGUCAGACUUCAUAUUUAUUGUUCCACCAAGGUCCGUAUGUUACAAAAAUGUUUUAUGUCAUAUAGUAGCUUAUUCCAGUACACU